AUGGCGUUUGCCGUUGUCAACAAAGCUUGGUCUGGCUACCUGAAACUGCUGCACAAAUAUCCCGUUCGAACACAAUGUAUAUCCACGGCCCUUAUUAUGAGUUCGGGUGACAUUUUUGCUCAAAAAAUCGUUGAGAGACAGCCAAAGUACAGCCCCUCCAGGACUCUGAAAUUUGGCAUGAUUGGCAUGUGCUUUGUGGGGCCUGCAUUCCACUACUGGUACAACUUCCUCGACCGACUGUAUACCGGCACCAAGGUUAUUCGUUCACUGAAAAUGGUUGCCACAGACCAGUGCAUUAUGGCUCCCUUUAUUGUCUUCUCGAUAAUCGGCCUGGUCGGGUUGACAAAAAAUUGGUCCAUUGAGGAGGCCAAGACCGGUCUAAAGGAAAACUACAUUGGAGCCAUGUUGAUGAAUAUCAGGGUCUGGCCUCCCGUCCAGUUCAUAAACUUUACUGUUGUACCUGUGCAUCUCCGGGUCCUAGUGAGCGCAAGGCCUGUCCACAGGUUGUCCCUCGAUCACAUUUUUUACACAACUUCUUCUCUAGCCGUCAUCAUGGGCUGUGGUGACAUUAUAUCACAGAAGAUAAUUGAACGUCAAUCGGAAUGGGACAUUGUCCGAACUGCUAAGUUCGGCUCGAUCGGUCUCCUGUUUGUGGGUCCUGUCCUGCACACCUGGUACUCCUUCGUCGACCGAUUUUACCGCGGCAAAGGUGCAGUACGCACUCUGAAGAUGGUAGCCACUGACCAGUUAGUAAUGGCCCCGGUCAUGAUCUUUUGCAUCAUCGGAUUGGUCGGAUUCACCCGACAUUGGGAUGUGAAGGAAGCCAAGCAAUCCAUCUCCUCGUCCUAUGUGGGUGCUGUACUGACUAACUACAAGAUUUGGCCCGCAACGCAGUUCAUCAACUUCACGUUUGUGCCACUGCACUUGAGGUUGUUUGUGGUCAACUUUGUUGCCCUCUUCUGGAACAGUUAUCUCUCUUACGUCACUAGAAGUCGGGCGAAGGAGGACGCUGCCAUCUCUUCUUCUCCUCCUCCUCCGAGAUGCGCUGAGUUUCCUACCUUUCGUUGA